AUGCGCGUGCCGCGAAGCGUGUCCGCAUAUGAUAACGCGUUGAUCAACUGCGACGAUGAGCGUCCGACGACAAUCCCGACGUCGUCAAGCUUCUCCGAAGACGUGCCCGAAGUUGAGAAGUCGCAAAUUCUUGAGGUGAAUAUUGGGCGCGAAGUCAGCGAGCCGAAUGGAAUGGCGUUCCGGAUGGUUGGCUCGCGAUCGCGCGGCAUCUUCAUCGCCUACGUCCAUCCGUCGUCGAUGCAAGCUUCUCUGCUUCGAAACGGCGACAGAAUUCUUAAAUGCAAUGGAAUUUCGAUUCGAGCAGUGUCUGUUGAUCAGGCCGCAAGUAUUUUACGAUAUUGGAUGAAUCACAGAAAUUCACUUCAAUUGUUAAUUGAGCGACGUGAAAACGGCGAAUCUGUUAUGAUUCGACGUCGACGACAAGAACGAAUCUCGAUGUGUCUUGACAAAAAAGAGCAAGAAAGACAUUGGAAUUUGAAUAUUGAGCCAAGUCGCGCAAUGCUUAAAAUGACAUCGUCGAAAUCAGCGGAAAUUUUGCGGAAUGAUUUUGAAGAUACACCACAUUACACCAAUCGAUACACCUUAUUCGACACAACCGAAAAAUCGGCUGUUUGUCCGCAAUGUAAUACACCAACUAAAGUGCUUUAUCUUCAUCAGUUUUCGCACGGGUUGAUCAACAACGCAUUUCGGCUUCUAACUUUAUCAAAAUCCAGUUACUCCCUUUUGUAA